AUGGCUGCCAUCAGUAAGCUCCCGCAGGAGCUGAUGGACCAGAUUAUCGGUUACAUCGAGAGAAAGAAUGACUUGAGCUCUCUCAGCCAAUGCUGCCGCGGUCUUUACUGGGCUGUUUCAGAAGCCUUAUUUGACAGAGCCUUCAAUGAAUUGGCAGAGUCAAAGGGGCUCAGUCAUGGUCUUUUGACUGUCCUCGUCCAUGCGGCCAAGCACGACUCACGGAACUUGAUGCAGUGGGCGAUUGACAGCAAGCAUACAUCACGUCUCAGAGGAUCAUUCACCCUCAUGGAGGACAUGGACAUUGUUCAAUCCGCACUGCUCUAUGAUGCGCCUAAGAUGGCAACAUAUCUCCUCAAACAAGGCGUCAAUCUCGACGAGGAAAUGGCAUUGUAUCCCGACCUCAAGCCUCUGUAUCAUGCGAUCUCUCGACCUAUCAGCACAAGUCUGGGGGCUCUGGACGGACCGCUCCGAACUGCCUGCAGUUAUGCUCUUCCAAGAACAGUAGAAUACCUCCUCACCAGAGGUGCCGAUCCCAACACUUACAGCUCUUUUGGUUAUACCGCGUUUCACAUUACCAUGAUGCGGAAGCUGCCGUGGAGCCGCUUUCGAGACUUCGCCUUGUCUGAUGAACAGAAGGACUCUCAGAGUGUUGCCAGAGAUGAGGACGCAGAGUCUUCUCGUUGCGAGGAGGCUUACUGGCCGGAGUAUCCAGAGGCUGAGGAAGCAGAAAGGGCUCUUGUCCUUGAGAAAACGCAAUGGGAUGCCAAUGUGGCACAGACUGCCGAUGUGCUGCUGCGUUUUGGUGCCGACCACAACCUCCCGACGCAGACUGCCUAUCGCCAUCAGUGCAAUCACAAGUGCUGGAAAUCGAUGAGCUGUGCGCCUUUGGAGCAACGACCUCUCCAUCUUGCCGCCGCCGCUGGCCACUCAUCUGUCGUGUCACUCCUGAUCAAGAGAGGUGCAAGCGUCUUUCAUAAAGAUGAACAGGGAAACCUUCCGAUCGUUUGUGCCAUGGCUCAGGAUCAUGAAGACGUUGUCUAUCUUCUUUUCAAGGCCAUGAAAAAGUACGCCAAAAGAGGCCGCCUCUACAAUCCCAUUGUCUGCACGUUAACAAGAAGCACUACUCUGCACAUUGCGUGUCGAUUUGGCUAUUGGGACAUGGUCGUUGACCUGUUGGAACGUGGUGCAGAUGUCAACGGAGUGGAUUCGUUGGGACGGACGCCAUUACAUGAGGUUGUGAGACAGGAAGCUCACGACUUAGAGGAGCGGUUGGUCGAGAUCUUGCACACGCUUGUCAAUUACCGUGCAAACCCCGACGCGGUCGAUCUUAGUGGCAAGAGGGCGAGAGUCCUCGGAGAGAAUCAUCGACUUCCUGGGGUGCGAGGCUUAUUCCAGUACGCUACAUAUGCUAGAGCCGAAUAUGAGCGGCUUACUAGAGGAGCAGACACUGACUGGCGCGCGAGUGAGCCUGAGGAGACGCCGAUUGUCAUGAAGCGAACUUCCAAGAAGACUCCCACGUGGGUCACUAAGGAGAGCUUUCCUGCCUUGAAGGUUGAUAAGCCACAGGCCAAGACCGCAUUUGCUGUCCCGAAAGAAAGCAAAUCCUCAACCAUUGCCCCAAAGGCUACAGAAGCCGCUCAAAAGGCAAAGAGCUGGCUUUCGUGUGCCCAAAAGACCCAGAUUACUACUACAAACAGCACAAAUUCGGUCUGGAACGCGAACAAGAUUGCCAAGUCUGUGGGCAAAGUCGAGCUGAUCGAAACAGUUGAGAAGACUGAGGCAGGACUGGACAAGAAGGCGAAGAAAGGAGGUCGCCAAAAGAAGUGGGUUAAGGUGUCUCUGGAAGACUAA